GUGGGCGGGCGGCCCGGCCGAGUCACGUGACCGCCGCAUCCGGGUCCUUUGCGUUCUCGCUCCCUCUCCCAACAUGGCGGCCUCAGCAAAAAAGAAGAAUAAGAAGGGAAAGACUCUUUCCCUAACAGACUUUCUGGCUGAGGAUGGUGGAACUACUACUCCUAAACCAGUCUGCUGGGCCGAUGAAACAGAUGAUAUGGAAGGAGAUGUUUCAACUACUUGGCACAGUAAUGAUGACACGUAUAGGUCAGCUCCAAUUGACCGUUCCAUCCUGCCCACUGCUCCACGGGCUGCUCGGGAACCCAAUAUCGACCGGAGCCGUCUUCCCAGAUCUCCACCCUAUACUGCUUUCCUAGGGAACUUACCCUAUGAUGUGACGGAAGAGUCCAUUAAGGAGUUUUUUAGAGGAUUAAAUAUCAGUGCGGUACGUUUACCACGUGAAUCCACCUUUCCAGAGAGGUUGAAAGGUUUUGGUUAUGCUGAAUUUGAAGACCUGGAUUCCUUGUUCAGUGCCCUCAGCCUCAAUGAAGAGUCUUUAGGUAACAGGAGAAUUCGAGUGGAUGUUGCUGAUCAAGCACAGGAUAAAGACAGGGAUGAUCGUUCUUUUGGCCGAGAUAGAAACCGGGAUUCUGACAAAACAGAUACAGACUGGAGGGCCCGUCCUGCUACAGACAGUUUCGAUGACUACCCUCGAAGAGGUGAUGAUAGCUUUGGAGACAAGUAUCGAGAUCGUUACGAUUCUGAUCGGUACCGAGAUGGCUAUCGGGAUGGCCCACGCCGGGAUAUGGAUCGCUAUGGGGGCCGAGAUCGCUAUGAUGACCGAGGUGGCAGAGACUAUGAUAGAGGCUAUGAUUCCAGGAUAGGCAGUGGCAGAAGAGCUUUUGGUAGUGGAUAUCGUAGGGAUGAUGACUACAGAGGAGGUGGGGACCGCUAUGAAGACAGAUAUGAAAGACGAGAUGAUCGGUCUUGGAGCUCCAGGGAUGAUUAUUCCCGGGAUGACUAUAGGCGUGAUGAUAGAGGUCCCCCCCAAAGACCCAAACUGAACCUGAAGCCUCGGAGUACUCCUAAAGAAGAUGAUUCCUCUGCUAGCACCUCCCAGUCCAGUCGAGCAGCCUCUAUCUUUGGAGGGGCAAAGCCUGUUGACACAGCUGCUAGAGAACGAGAAGUAGAAGAGCGGCUACAGAAGGAACAGGAAAAAUUGCAGCGUCAGCUGGAUGAGCCAAAACUAGAUCGUCGACCUCGGGAGCGACACCCAAGCUGGCGAAGUGAAGAAACUCAGGAACGGGAACGGUCGAGGACAGGAAGUGAGUCAUCACAGACUGGAACCUCCGCCACAUCUGGCAGAAGUAAGUCAGAUCAGGAUACACGAAGGAGAGAGAGUGAGAAAUCUCUUGAAAACGAAACACUCAAUAAGGAGGAAGAGUGCCACUCUCCAACAUCUAAACCUCCCAAACCUGAACAGCCUCUAAAGGUAAUGCCAGCCCCUCCACCAAAGGAGAAUGCGUGGGUGAAGCGAAGUUCUAACCCUCCUGCUCGAUCUCAGAGCUCAGACACAGAGCAGCAGUCCCCUACAAGUGGUGGAGGGAAAUUAGUUCCAGCUCAGCCAUCUGAAGAAGGACCAGUAAGGAAAGCAGAUGAAAAUAAAGUAGAUGGUGUGAGUGUCCCAAAAAGCCAAAGUGGCAAUUCCUGCCGUGGUCCAGGAGAUGGGGGGAACAAAGACCACUGGAAGGAGUCAGACAGGAAAGAUGGCAAAAAGGAUCAAGACUCCCGAUCUGCACUUGAGCCAAAGAAACCUGAAGAAAAUCCAGCCUCUAAGUUCAGCUCUGCAAGCAAGUAUGCUGCUCUGUCUGUAGAUGGAGAAGACGAGAAUGAGGGGGAUUACACUGAAUAGACCUCUACAUCCUGUGCUUUUUCCUAAUCUCUCCACCCUGGAACAGAUUCAAGAGUAAAUCAAACCUACCAGACAAGACAAAAUAAAACUCACCAUCUCCUUGAAACCUUUCUUAAUUUUUUUUAAAUGAAAUUCUUUUGCAUGUUGCUGCAGCCUUUAAACUAUUGAACUAACUGGAGAGUCACCAAUGUAGCCAGAAAGGACUACAACUUUUAACAGAAAGUUGUGGUGUUUAUUGUUUUGUUGGGUUCCUUUUUGGUUUGGGGUUUUGUUUUGUUUUGUUUUAAACAUACACAGUUUCCUCUGUGUGCGUAGUGCCUGGGACCCUCCAUUUAGCAAAAGGCAAUGACGUUGAUACUGUCUGGAAUCUGAUUGGGCAGUAGAGGCAGGUGAAAGAAAGUAUAAGCUACUUCCCCUGUUUUGGCAUAUAUGAAUUCUCAAACAUCCACUGAAUAAACUUCAUCUUUGGAAGAGUA